UGUCUGUCUGUCUCUGUCUGUCUGUCUCUGUCUGUCUGUCUCUGUCUGUCUGUCUCUGUCUGUCUGUCUCUGUCUGUCUGUCUGUCUGUCUGUCUGUCUGUCUGUCUGUCUGUCUGUCUGUCUGUCUGUCUGUCUGUCUGUCUGUAUUGGAAGGUUACACAGCUCUGUGUGGUGAUUGAGCAGUCAUGUUUAUAUAAUUUACACACAUAUGGUUUGUCUAACCCAGGAGUCGGGAACCUAUGGCUCGCAGAUAAAACAGAAUAUUCUCACUUGUUUUAAUCCAUCCAUCGAUUUUUCACUGCGCAUGUCCUGUUCAGGGCUGCAGGAGCAAUUGUCCAUUAUUUCAAUUGGAUGAUACCGGCCCACGUUUGCCGUUGCUGGGUAAAACAGGUAAAGGCCCCCUUUUGAAAAAGCGGCAUUUCGACACGCCCCACGCUACCUUUGCAUCAAAAUACCCGACGGGAGACAGCAGAAAGAAAGCGUGCCAAGAGCUUCUGAGCAGGGUGCAAGCUAGCCAGCAGCAACUCCGCGUACGGACCCGGCAAGGUGACUAGAAUUCGGCUAGCUUUGCUGGUUCUUUAGCAAUAGUGAGAAACUGAAAAACAUUCACAGAUGGCGAGUAUGCUAAAACGUUCAUGCUGGAUGUAGCCAAUGAACUUUUUCAUGAUCUUCCGAACAAAGACAAGAUAAUCAAACGGAUACAAGACACGCCUCUGUCGGCAAGAACUGUUCUGUAAUGUGGGAAAAUGUCUGCAACAACCACAGCAGCAAAGUACGUGAAAGAAAAGGACCGCAGUCAUCGACGACUGGAACAUCUUUGUCUGCAGCCUUAUGUUGUGUUGCGCAGAGCAGACAUCAGUGAAGCUAUUCGUCCUAAGCAGGAGGAGCCGGACCGCACACGCAUUAAAGAGGAAGAUCUGGGCAAGGAGGUCCACCACUUCAAUGAACAAAUGGAGCAGAAGUUUCUUUGCACUAUUAAAGAGGAGGAAGAGCCGGAGCGGCCUUGUCAGAAAGAGGACAGAGAGGACUCCUGCGACAUCAAAAAGGAGGAGGAAGAUACCUGCGAGAUGCCAUUGACUGGUGUACUUGUGAAGCGUUUAGAUGAGGCUCAACGUGAGGUGAGCAAAGGGGCGGAGCCUCCAAGCUGCAGCUCAAGUCCACAUAUGACCAGAGAAGGUGAUGGAGACCACUGUGGGGCAUCACGAGCAGCUACACCAUCAGAUAGUGAUGACGUGUUGUCACAUGUUCCUGCUGCUGCUGAUGAUGAUGACGACUCUCAAAACAAACACAAGCAAUGUUCUCACUGUGGAAUUUGUUUUGCUCAUAGCAGUAGUUUGAAACAACACAUGAGAAUGCACACAAGAAAGAAAAACUUUUCCUGUUCAGAUUGUGGCCAAAUGUUCUCUCAGAGGAGACAUUUAAAUACGCACACAUUAACCCACACUGGCGAGAAACCUUUUUCAUGCUCAGAUUGUGGCCAAAAGUUCUCUAAGAGGGGACAUUUAAACAGGCACACAUUAACCCACACUGGCGAGAAACCUUUUUCAUGCUCAGUUUGUGGCCAGAAAUUCUCUCAUAGGGUAAGUUUAAAUAUGCACACAAGAAUCCACACUGGUGAGAAACCUUUUUCAUGCUCAGUUUGUGGACAAAAGUUCUCUCGGAGGGGACAUUUAAACAUGCACACAUUAACCCACACUGGCGAGAAACCUUUUUUAUGCUCAGUUUGUGGCCAAAAGUUCUCUCAGAGGGGACAUUUAAAUAUGCACACAAGAAUCCACACUGGCGAGAAACCUUUUUCAUGCUCAGUUUGUGGCCAAAAAUUCCUCAGUCGGGGGCAUUUAAACACGCACACAUUAACCCACACUGGCGAGAAACCUUUUUCAUGCUCAGUUUGUAGCCAAAAAUUCUCUGAGAGGGGAAGUUUAAAAAAGCACACAAGAAUCCACACUGGCGAGAAACCUUUUUCAUGCUCAGUUUGUGGCCAAAGGUUCUCUCAGAUGGGAAGUUUAAAUAUUCACACAAGAAUCCACACUGGUGAGAAACCUUUUUCAUGCUCAGUUUGUGGCCAAAAUUUCUCUCAGAGGGGAAGUUUAAAUAUGCACACAAGAAUCCACACUGGUGAGAAACCCUUUUCAUGCUCAAUUUGUGGCCAAAAGUUCCCUCGGAGGGCCAUUUUAAAUUCGCACACAUUAACCCACACUGGCGAGAAACCUUUUUCAUGCUCAGUUUGUGGCCAAAAAUUCUCUCAGAGGGGAAAUUUAAAUAUGCACACAUUAACCCACACUGGCGAGAAACCUUUUUCAUGCUCAGUUUGUGGCCAAAGGUUCUCUCAGAUGGGAAGUUUAAAUAUGCACACAAGAAUCCACACUGGUGAGAAACCUUUUUCAUGCGCAGUUUGUGGCCAAAAGUUCUAUCACAGAGGAAGUUUAAAUAUGCACACAAGAAUCCACACUGGCGAGAAACCUUUUUCAUGCUCAGUUUGUGGCCAAAAAUUCUCUCAGAGGGAAAAUUUAAACACGCACACAAGAAUCCACACUGGCGAGAGACCUUUUUUGUGAUCAGUUUGUGGCCUAAAAUUAAGUCAUAAGCAUCACUUAAACAGGCACACAAGAAUCUACAUUGGCGAGAAACCUUUUUAAAGCUCAGUUCGGCCAAACAGUCUCCCAGGGUAAACUUAAUCAGGCACGCAGGAGCCAAAGAGUCUCUGUUAAGAAUUCCGAGUGUUUUGGAGAGAUGAGCAAUGAUCCAUGAAGUUCUCACCUUCUUUUUGAGCAGACUUUAUGAGUUUAUGCAUCAAUGAUAGUUCUAUUCUACUAUGCACCUUUUGAUUGAGAUGCUGAACUCCUUUAAGUUCAAUUCAUUUUAGUUUUACCUAUGAAUUUGAAAAUAAAGUGAACCGACCUCGGGAUGAUACUAGUUUUGUAUUUUUCAUGAUACCUGAAGUUUAUUUUGUUUUUAGUUGUGUGUUCAUAUUUAGGGCAAGUUGCUUGGUUCUUAUUAGUGUCGGUUCAGGAUUUAGUUUUGUUCAGCUUUUCAUGUUCAUGCCUGGAAAGCGGACUUUAAACCGAUGAUGUGGAUAAGAAAAAUGAAAUAGUGUUGGAUAUCCCCCAUUUUUCUUCAACUGUCUUUUUUGUUACUUUACCUUACUAAUAACAUGUUAAAAUGUACUCGAGAUGUAUUAAGACAUUUCAUUAAAGAGUGUUUUACCUCACAGUA